CGCACAUGCUCUCCCAUAUGCAAGAGAAACCUUACGUUUGCGAUGUUUGUGAAAGGCCAUUUAGCAGACACGACAAUCUUUUGCAACAUAUGCGUUCUCACGAAAGGUCACCUCAGCCGGUGAUGGCUCAAAGCGUGUCGUCGGCAUACCUUGCACCACCUCCGGUGCCUGACUUUGAGCCCUCUUCAUAUACCGCGGAAGUCCGGCAAGAGCAGUUUGUUGGGGCUAGCGCUUAUGACGGAAGUCCGUAUCCUCACAUCCAGGAUGCCGCGUCUGAUAUCGUAGGCUUGGGGUCCGGAGAUGGUCUGGGAACUUCCGUGAAUGACUCCGCGGCCGUUUCGGGUUGGGAUGCGAACACAAUGCCGCCUGAUGGGUGCUUCACCCGUUCUCCGGGCGUUGAAUACUAUUCACUAGGUAGGCGACCAGAGACGGCAGGAUACGACGCGCUGGAGUUAAGAGAGGCCGCUAGGAGUGUUGUUACCGCCGCUCAAGAUGCUGGACACGUGGUUUGAAAGAUAUACACACUGGGCA